AUUUUUUUUUCUUAACUCAUUUAAUAGGCCUAAUUUUGAGAAGGCACAAUCACGUAUCGCUUAGAGUUAGCGUUUUUAUAUACUUUAUAUAGUUCACAAAUAGCUACAGUGAUAGUGUUUUUGCUUGUUAGUGGAUACUGAAAGACGUUCGUGCAUGGAGAAGGCACUGCACAGCUUCGGGAAUGUGACUGUAAAACUGCAGCACCGGGAUGGAAACCCUAUGGAAACAUAGACACAAGGGGGGGGCGAUCUGUAGGUCUGGCGUGUUGAAAUAAAGAAUCGCGGCCCACCGCUGUAUUUCCAGCUGUCCCGGGCUACUGGCGCUUAGUUGUGAAAGUAUUAUUUAUUUUUGCUCCUAUUGAACCAAGGUCUGAUCCAGCAUCGGAAAGAAAAGAAGGUCCACCGAAGUUCUGCUUAAAACCUCGUUUCACUGGAAGUCUCCCCCCUCCGCGAAGACACUUUGAUGUUUGGCCGUACGAUACAAGAGGACUCGUAAAGGACCAUGGUCGACUUAUUUUUUUAAGGAAGACGUUUUCUUAUUUUCCAAUCGCAACGUGGGAUGUCUGUCUUAUUGGCUUCUGUUAACGGAGGACCCUCGAUUCGGGGAAAAUUACAUUUACUUUAAGCAAGCGAAGUGGAUGAAGUCCAAGCUUGUGAUUUCGGUAGCUGUGUCGUGCAAACGCGGGCGUAUUUUUUUUUUUUUGCUAAAGUUUGCGAACAAACACCAGAUCGACGUCUUUCAAAGUUGAAUUUGGAUGCUUAAGUAGAUCUGGACCUUCGCGAUUCAACUUAUUUUAACAAAAACGGUGCAUUGAGGCUGGUCGCCAGAAUCAAGAGAGACUGCUAAACGAAAGGAAUAAAUAUCAGACAUUAAAAGACAGUAAUAGAGCACUGGGCGAUCGGAGAGGCGUUAUGGAAUGCGGGUAUGCUUAUUGUUAAAGGAAACUUCAAAACUCUGGCCAAACGUGUUCAGUGUUGCUGUAGGAUGCUAAUUGGAUAUAAAACGAAGAAGUAAGGAAGGAAUCCCAAUGAGCGGCUUACAAUCCACUGACAGGACUGGUAGCAUCCUCAACCAAGACCACCUAUCUGACCAGAGGUCUCUGCACUUAGAUUCUACAGGGCUGGUGCAGAGAUGUGUGAUCAUCCAGAGGGACGACAAUGGCUUCGGCCUCACAGUCAGCGGCGACAACCCCGUGUUCGUGCAGCUCGUCAAAGAAGAUGGCGCAGCAAUGCGUGCCGGUGUGCAGAAAGGAGACCGUAUUAUUAAGGUCAAUGGGACAUUAGUGACGCAUUCGAACCAUUUGGAGGUGGUGAAGCUCAUCAAAUCUGGGUCGUACGCAGCCCUCACCGUCCUGGGGAGGCCCCCUGGUUCUCCUCAGAUCCCCCUUUCCGAAGGUGAGACCGGGGCGGGGACCCCUCUGGCCCCCCUCCACCCCUCUGGAAAGGUGGCAGGAGAGCAUGAUUCCUGGGACCGGGAUGCCGCCUCGAAACUGCUGCGGGCUCAGCCAGGCCUGGCAGAUGGUCCGAACCCAAGGGAGCCCCUAGAGAGCAGCCCAGGGAUAACGCCCAGAAACAGCCUGGGCUCCUGCCCCUCCCCAGACCCCGAGGAUGUCUCUGACCAGAACUCCCACUCCAAUUCAGGAAGCCCUUACUUGCGGCCAGUCACACAGAUCAUCGGUGCUGAAGAUGACUACUUUGAAGCAGAACAGGAGCAGAUCAAUGGCCAGUGCAGCUGCUUCCAGAGCAUUGAGCUGCUCAAAUCCCGGCCUGCCCACCUGGCGGUCUUCCUCCACCACGUCUUCUCCCAGUUUGACCCCGCCCCCCUGCUGUGCUACCUCUACGCCGAGCUGUACAAGCACACCAACUCCAAAGAGACCCGCCGCAUCUUUAUGGAGCUGCACUCAUUCUUCAUGGAGCGAGGGGCGAAUCUGAAAGUCUCUGUGCCAGAGUCCAUCUCCUCUGAGCUUGAUCGCAGGAGGCCUGAGCUUCUCCCCGAGGAGCUACACAGGCAGUAUGUGCAGACACUGCAGGACUCACUGCUGCCUGAAGUACAGAGACACCUGGAUGACUUCAGGCAGAAGCGCUGCAUGGGCCUGACGCUGGCCGAGGGGGAUCUGGCUCGGCUCGAUGUGGAGCAGGACCGGGAACAGAACCGGGAACAGAACCGGGAACAGAACCGGGGGCCACUGGAGCGCGAGCGGCUCUGUGCCGAGAGCAUUGUCUGCAAGGUCGAGGACGUGCUCCUGACGUCGCAGCUGGCGGAGGAGGAGAAGUGUGCCACCAUGCAGUACGUGCUGCUCAGCUAUAUGAAGUAUCUCGGCGUGAAGGUGAAGGAACCGCGAGGCCUGGAGCCCAAGCGUACACGCAUCAACUUUCUCCCCAAGAUUAAGCAGAAGAGGGUGGAAAAAGAGACGGAAGACAAGGGCAAAUCGAGGCUUCUUCACAGCAUCCUUGGCGGACCCCCACGCAAGCCUGGACCAUCCAGCGGUCGUGUCUCGGACCCAUUUAAGCCCCGCCCCCUUAAGCAGCCGUACCAGAGCUCUUUCUCAGUUCCUGAAAUGCCCGAAGCCUCCCAGCUGAUGCGGCAGCGGGGGGGGCAAUUCUCCGAGAGCGCCGAGUCCCCCACCAUUCCUGCUUUCCCAUCACAGUCGAUCAGUUUCGAGGGGGGAGAUUCUGUGCCUGGGGAGCCCAGUGUUCCCUACAGCCCCACGCAGUGCAAUUUCAGCCCCUGUAACCAGGAUCAGCUGCAGGAGGAUGACCGGGAGAGUGACAGGAACCAGGAUGGAGGAACUCCCAAUCCAGUCAGAAAGAUGGACACUAUAGGACCCGCUGAGGUUGAAAGUGAGGAUGACCAGGGGGGCGAGGUCAGCUCUGAGCCCGACCCCCCAAACUGGCAGCAUCUGGUAGGGAAGGAGGUGCUAGAUGGGCUGACUCCACACGAGAUCAAGAGGCAGGAAGUCAUCAAUGAGCUGUUCCACACUGAGCGCGCUCACCUGCACAUGCUCAGGGUGAUGGACAGCGUGUUCUACCAGAAGCUGAGCAGGGAUGCCAUACUGCCCCCUGCCGAUAUCAAGAGCAUCUUCGCCAACCUGCAGGAGAUCAUCCAGCUGCAUGUUUCCAUCAUCGAGCAGAUGACAGCCAUACGGAAGGAGAAGGUCUCUGUCAUCGACCACGUAGGAGAUGUGCUGCUGUCUUGGUUCAGCGGCGCUGAGGAAGAGAAGAUGAAGCAGGCCGGCGGAACCUUCUGCAGUAACCAGCCCUUCGCUCUGGAGCUCAUCAAAAGCCGGCAGAAGAAGGAGCAGCGCUUCGCAGCCGCCAUGCAGGAGGCCGAGAGCAGUCCGCUGUGCCGCAGGCUACAGCUGAAGGACAUCAUCCCCGCGGAGAUGCAGAGGCUCACCAAAUACCCGCUGCUGUUGGAAAACAUCGCCAAGUACACAGAGGACCCCGAGGAGAGGGAGAAGGUGCGAAGGGCGAGCGAGUGUUGCCGGCAGAUCCUGAACCACGUAAACCAGGCGGUGAAGGAGGCGGAGAACAAGCAGAGGCUGGAGGACUACCAAAGAAGACUGGAUGUUUCAUCGCUAAAGCAGAAUGAGAGUCCCAUGGUCUUAGAGCUGAAGAAUCUGGACCUCACCAAGAGGAAGAUGGUCCACGAGGGAUGUCUCUCCUGGAAGGUCAACAAAGACAAGACAAUCGAGCUGUACACAUUGUUGCUGGAGGACAUCCUGGUCCUGCUUCAGAAGCAGGACGAUCGCCUUGUGCUUCGAUGUCACAGCAAGAACACCAAGCAUAUUUUCAGCCCUGUCAUCAAGCUAAGCACUGUGCUGGUUCGCUCUGUGGCCACAGACAACAGGUCCUUCUUUGUGCUCUCCAUGUCGGAAAACGGAGCCCAGAUCUAUGAGCUGAUGGCUCAGUCCGUGUCGGAGAAAAAGAUAUGGCAGUGUCAGAUCACUCAGGCAGCAGAUGCCAUGAAAGCAAAACCACACACGGUCAUUCCUUUACCUCAGGCAGAUGAAGUCCGGGAUGCAGCUGAGAUCAUGAGCACCAGCAAACUGCCCCCUGACCCCAGCUUCCCUGGGACUACCCACUCAGCAGAGAGAGAUGCCGAAUUUUCACCCGCUUCUGGUCCCAACCACUUUGAUGGGAUCAAGCUGAUGGAGGGAGAGAUGGAGGACGAGGAGGAGUCCUUCUUGGUUCUUGCCGACAGGCUGGCCGCCCUGCAGCCCAGGUCACGCACGCGUGUCACACGUGUGGACGGGGAGGUUGACGUGCCCGUGUUACCCUCCAGGGCCGAGGAAGCCUUGAAGAGCUUGGCCGCGCUGAGGCAGCUACUGGUCCUGCAGCUGUCGCAGGAAGGUAGCAGGGGGGCGGGUCUCCAAAGGACCACCUCCCUACGGCUCCGACCCACACCAUCCUCGGCCUUCACCCAUAAUGGCAGGGCGGAGGGGGGCCAGGAGGUGGCCCCGGCGGAGCCGAGCUUUCCGGAGACUUCAGAGGACUCAGGUUACCUGGUCCUGGCAGGUUUCGAUGAUCUGACUGAGAGCAGCACAGACUACGAGGACCCCCUGUGGCGCGAGUCAGUGGAUCAGGAGCCUCGGUUGGCCUCCAUGUCACCAGGGGGCUCCACUGACCCUGUGCGGCAGGUGUUGGCUCACCUGCGUGCUCUGCAGGUUAACCUGUAUCAGUUGAAGGACAUGGAGAGGAAGUAUCACAGACUGCAGCAGAAAGCGCAGAGAGCAUCAGCUGAGACAGACGAGAACGAAGAUAAGGGUUAGAGUGACUCACCCCCUCCCCAGCUAUCCAGCCUCCCCACCUGCUUCAUCCUGCACUGAGGGAAGACCGGACCUGCCCCAAUUAAACCCCAGAUCACGUGGGAAAAAUCAGCCAAUCAGGGACGACUUUGAAGCCUGGAGGUCCAGUUCUUCAGAAAAUCCAAGCGAACAGAAAGGAGAGUGCCAAAAUGUACUGAACUGAAUCUGGGAUGCAUUUAAAAACAAGCAGUGAAAGUAAACAUUUUAAAAAUAAGUCUGUUUUUAACCCUGAGGUAUAUUUAUUGUUUUUUUUUAUUCUUUUUCUUUCUGACCACUUUGUCCUUCGUGCUGACCCUCUGUAUUCAGGCCUUCGUGCUGACCCUCUGUAUUCAGGCCUUCGUGCUGACCCUCUGUAUUCAGGCCUUCGUGCUGACCNGUAUUCAGGCCUUCGUGCUGACCCUCUGUAUUCAGGCCUUCGUGCUGACCCUCUGUAUUCAGGCCUUCGUGCUGACCCUCUGUAUUCAGGCCUUCCUGCUGACCCUCUGUAUUCAGGCCUUCUGGAAGUCCGAAGUUUUCCAAACACGGACUGAUCUGUGAUGCAGUGAUGCAGACUGACUUGGCCUUUAGGGUCGUCAGGGAGUUUGGAGUUCACUGGCGGGGGGUUUAAUGCCCCUUCCCAUCUGGAGAUGCUAACUGAAGCUGUCUCCCUUGAGCCAUGCCUGAAGCAAGCUCCAGCUUCUAGACGAGGCUUUGGUUCUUGGUCUGACAGGGCUGACUGACACAGGCGCGUUUAGCAAAGAUUAGCCGUAUUAUCUGGCACCUGAGAACCCCUUAAACCUGCAUUUCCUGCAUUUCAUUCACAGAUAAAAUGCUCCCCCUGCCCCCAAGACGUCUGUGGGUUUCAUUCCGGUUUGUCUUUGGGUCGCCCCCCGUUUGGUGUGUUUUUGUGUUCACUUUGCUUGCACACUCACAACCUCGCCCACAUGUCUGUGCCCUCGCUUCCAGGGACUCGUACUGAUUGGUCAGUAUCACCGAUGAUCCUGCCUCAAGACCCUCCCCUUCUGUCUUCUCCUGCCCCUUUCCUUGCCUUUUAUCCUUUGCCAGUGCCUGCGUUUCUGCAUGUGGGGCUUGUGCCCGUUGCCACGGGAACCCGCCAGUCUCGCUUCAUUCCCCGUCGCUGCUGCGCAGUGACCUCUGGGAUAUUCCCGGCUGAUGCUUACCCUGGCGAGGCGAGUGGGAACCAGUACCAGAGCUGGACUGUGGAGGGGGUGGGGGAGUGGAAGGAUCCUGGGAGUAUUUCCUCAACUAUAGCAACACAGAGAGGUGCGAUUGCUUGGGGGGAGAUCAUAAUAUUUUAGAAAGAAUUGAAGGAGAGCUGGCCUGGGGACAAGCUGUAUAAAAACUGUACAUUUUGGAUCUGAUGGUCAGGCAUCCAUCAUAUUAAUGUUUAAGACACCAGUCAUGAUUGUAAUAAGUUCUAAAAAGAUGAAGAAUAAAAUGUGUGGAAACUUAUUACUGG